AGCGGACAUAGCCAUCGCAGCAGCCCCGCUCACCAUCGCGGGCGACGCAAGAGCUCGUCUUGUCAGGCUCACUCGAGGAGUCAUCGCAGGAAAAGAUCCAGAAGUUUUGAGGAUGAUGAGGAGGGUCACCUGAUCUAUCACAGUGGACACAUGCUAAGAGCAAGAUAUGAGAUUGUGAGUACUUUAGGAGAAGGAGCCUUUGGGAAAGUUGUGAACUGCAUUGAUCAUUCGAAUGGUGGUGCACGAGUGGCACUGAAGAUCAUUAAAAAUGUUGACCGUUAUCGAGAAGCCGCCAUGUCUGAGAUCGAUGUCCUUCAGCAGAUGAACUCACUCGAUCGCGAUGAGCAUUAUGCUUGUGUGCGAAUGCUGGACUGGUUUGAUCACCACGGCCACAUCUGCAUUGUGUUUGAGCUCCUGGGAUUGAGCACCUAUGAUUUCCUGAAGGAAAAUGGCUUCAUGCCUUUCACUGUGGACCAGAUCAGACUUAUGGCAAAUCAGAUCUUCAGAGCAGUGCACUCUCUGCAGAUCUGGAGUCCUGGCAAGGAAUGA